AGGCAUAGCAGAUUUGCACAAAAAGAUUAAGACCAAAUUUUUUGAAGAGUGACACAAGAUGAUAAAUAUUACAUUCCAUUAUGUCUUCCUUCAAACCUGAAGAACAGCUUGUCCAAGAGCUGACCUGCCCAAUCUGCCUCCAGCUCUUCUCCGACCCAGUGGCUCUCCCAUGUGGCCACAACUACUGUCGCGACUGCAUCUCUAAGACUUGUUGGACUGCCGCCAAGAGAGGAAAAUCUGCUCAGCAUUGCCCUGAGUGCCGUGAGGAAUAUCAGGGCACCGAUUCCCUGCAGAAAAACUUUAAACUCUGCAGCAUCAUUGAGAGCUACCAGGCCGGCGCACAGCAGCUAAACGUGUGGUCCAAGCCUCAGCAGGUUAUGAGCCUUUUUGGUGAUCACUGUACUGAUGAAGAAUCACAGGCGGCGAAAAACUGCCUGAAGUGUGAGGCGUCGAUGUGCUCCACACACCAUCAGAGACACCACGAACGGGAGGUGUUCACAGCCCACACCCUUGUGAAUCCCCCAUAUGAGCUGGGAGUGAAGGGCUGUGCCGUCCAUGGACACGUCUUUGAGUAUUUUUGUUUCACCGACAUGUCCUUACUGUGUACUACAUGCUUCAUAGAAGGCCUUCAUCAGAAACAUGAUGUUGUCACCUUCAGGGUCGCUGAAGUGGAGAUGAGGCAAGCGCUGGAGAGCCGCAGCAAGGCAGUUUCUUGCAGGCUUCAGAUGACUGAGAGUCUCCUUAAGAGGACAGCAGAAGAGCACGGAGCUUGCGAGGCUACUGAAGAUAAAGUGGUCAACAAGGCUUUGGAACUGAUGCAUCGUAUGUCUGCAUUAGUCGAUAGAUACAAGGAGCGCCUGCAUGUAUUGAUGGAGGAGGAGAGGAGUCAGCGCACAAAGAGCUGGCAGCUUAGACUAAAAGCACUGGAGGAGCAGCAGCAGCAGUUAUCGGAUGCACAGCAAAGCGCCAUGAAAGCUUUCUGUGAGGAAGACCCAUGCCUCUUCAUACACAGGUUCAUGCUUAUUGAACACAAGCUGAGUGAAGCUGCCACAUGCACCAUUUGGUCCCAGGUACCAUCAGAAGCUCCUGUCAAUACGAAGUGGCUCCAGUCAAACCUCAAAACACAAGACUUCCAUUCAGAGAUGAGUUCCCUCCUUGAGUCCUUCAAUGUCUUUCUUAACCCCCUGGACCUCACUUUUAACCUCUGCACUGCCCACCCCAGCUUGAAAAUCUCCAAUAACUUGCAUACAGUCAAGUUCAGCUCCACUAAGCAGCCAUUUGUGGAGCACACAGAACGUUUUACAAGCGCCCCCCAGGUUAUGUGCACCCAGGGGAUCUCAGGAGGCAAGCAUGUAUGGGUGGUAGAGGUUGGUCCAAAGAGCAUGUGGUCUAUCGGGUUGUGCUACAACAGCAUCCCUCGCCAUGGCGAUCACAGUCGUCUGGGACACAACCUCGUCUCCUGGAGACUGCAGUGGAAAAAUGGCAAGCUGACGGUGUGUCAGGCGUCCUGCAAUGUGAUACUGGGAGGAAUAACUGCUCCUCCUCAAAAAAUUGAGGUAGCACUAGACUGUGAAAGGGGGACCCUAAAGUUUCACAGCACCAAAGGGCACAGGGAGCACCUUCACACAUUCAAGACAAUGUUUAAAGAACCAGUUUAUCCAGCGUUCAGUAUUCACUCCACCACACCAGACUCCUGGAUCACACUGCAGACUGACAUGUGACAUGUUACCUCUCUUAACAUAAUAAUAUUUCCAAACUACCUAAUGUGUUUGACUAUUCAUCUUUAAGGGUCUCUUCACACAUAACAUGAAAGACGCAGAAACCGGAAAAAAAUCUGCGAACCAAACACGAAAUGGGGAACCACAAACCAUCGUGCGCGUACAUGAACACAGUGCAAGCAGCUGCACCACUGA